AUGGCGCCGCGGGCGCUCGGCAAGGCAGUCCAGGACCUGCCGCGCUUGUCUCGCCUGGCCCGUAGGACAAUCGAGGUCACGGAGGCCGGCAGAGCUGGGCAGGCCGAGAGGGCCCUCGAGCUGUUCGAGGCAAUGCCCGUGAAGAGCCAGGUGUCCUGGAACGCCGCGCUGGCCGCGCUCGUCGACGCCGGCCGCACCGACUGGGCGCUCUCCUUCUUCCGGGAGAUGCCCAGGAGGAACGCCACCUCUUACACCACCAUGAUCGGGGGCCUCUCCCGCGCCGGCGGAGCCGCGGCCGCCGAGGCGCAGCAUCUCUUCGAGGAGCUCCCACUGGAUCAGCACAACGUCUUCACCUGGACGGCCAUGGUGUCGUGCCACGUCCGGAACGGCGAGCCUGGUAAGGCGGUGGAGCUCUUCGUGGCGCUCUAUGCCAAGUUCUUUGCGCGGGGGGUGCUGCCCAAUGCGCACACGUUCAGCUCCCUGCUCAAGGCCUGCGUGGGUGUCCAGUCACUAGCCAUGCUGUUGCAGCUCCAUGGGCUCAUCUUCAAGCUCGUGGACGAAGGGAGCAGGCAUUGUUUCGUGUGGAAUGCUUUGAUUGAUGGGCAUGCCAAGCUGGGCGCACUGUCGGACGCCGAGAAGGUGUUCUACGGGAUGCGGUACAGGGACAUCUGCUCUUGUAACAUCAUGAUGGACGGAUAUUCCCGGCAUAAGCUCGUCGACAGGGCUCUUGAUCUCUUCAGAAUUAUGAGGAAAAAGGAUGCCUCCACGUGGAACAUCAUAAUAUCCUGCCUGGGGGAGAAUAGCCUCGGAGAAGAUGCUCUCCGCCUCUUCAUCGAUCUGGUCAGAUCGGAUGGCCAUUGUGGUGGCAAUGCCAAGGUUUUAAACCCCUCAAUAUACACAACAGUUCUGCACACCUGCUCAGUGCUGGCACUGCUUGCGUUUGGGAGGCAAGUGCAUGCACGCACCGUAAAGGACGGGUUUGGUCAGAGUAACGUCUUCGUCAGCAAUUCUCUGAUGAGCAUGUACAGCAGCUGUGGUGCGACGCUUGAUCUCGAGCAGGUGUUCGAAGAAAUGGCUGUCAGGGACGUCGUGUCAUGGAACUCGUUGAUACAGGGGCUUGGUCAGAACGGCCUUGGGAGGCAAGCUCUGGCAGCUGGAGAGCGCGCCCUGGAACUCGGCAUGUACAAUGGCAACACCUUCAUCUCCAUCCUUACAUCCUGCAGCCACGCCGGGCUGGUUGUGGAGGGGUUGAGCUACUUCGAUGCAAUGGCCAAGAAGCAUGGCGUGGAACCAACACUUGACCACUACAUCAGUGUCAUCGAUCUCCUCGGCCGUGCUGGGAGGCUUGAAGAGGCGUACGACCUGCUCCGGAAGAUGCCGUUCGCGUCGAACGCGUUAGCGUGGCGUACUCUUCUGCACUCUUGCUUGGCCCAUAAGAACAGCGCCAUGGGAAGCAUCGCGGUGCAGGAGCUGAGAGCGCUGCAGCCCGAUGGUGGCGCCGGGAACUAUGAGAGACUGGUGCAGGGCUGCAGAGGCAGCACGGCUGAUGAAACUCAGGCUGGAAGCGAGAAGAGUGCUGAUCACACGCCUGGGUGCAGCUGGGUCACCUGA